UUUCAACGUUUUUUUUUUUUUUUUUUUUUUCAUGUCAGUCAAUAAGAACACAGAUAUACUAACUCUUGGACAAGCAUCGUGUCUUGUCUUAUCAAUGCCACCAAAUGAGAAAAAUCGUAGGAAGGCUAAGCAGAUAAUAUCAAAGUCUUCUUUUGACGUUACCUUUUUAAAAAAUGCCGAUCCAAUGAUUCCCGUAGCUAUUGGGAAAGUUACUAAACAGUUGAACCCCUUCCUUUAUUGCUCGUAUCCUGAAACACCACCAUUUUCGGAUGAAGAAACGGAUCUAUUGGACACUUCUAGUGAAGAAUACGACGACGAUGAUGAUGCUUCCGUCAUUGUAAAACCCAAGAAAAAUUUCAAGAAAAUCGAAUCGAAUACGAAAGUAUUGAAAUUUUCAAAAGAAAUUUUUCUUUUAAACAACCCUCAAAGCCCCCAUUACGAUUACUUGUUCCUAACCUCAGAUGUUCAAUAUGCUAUUAUAAAGGAACACUUUGAUGUUGAAAACUUGAGUCAAAGGGCGUAUGCUUCAUUAUUAUCCAAGUCCGACAUCAUCAGUUACACGACAACAUGGAAAGGUGCUAAAGGUAGAUGGGUCUACGUGAUGAAAAAACAAUAUCGAGAUCUUCUAUAAUCAUAUUCAACUUGACAACCUUAAUAAAAUUUCUCAUGUGGCGCACUUCAGCAAAUAUGCGCAUUAUUAAGCUUACUACAAAUGGAAACUCAUUAACGGAAAG